AUGUCCGAAUACCUCAAAUCAUACCUUCCAGCUCUUCAGUCCAUCAUCCCACAAACAUCACCCGCACCCUCCACUUUACCCGAGAUCAAUUCCAGAGCACCUCCUCUACCAAGUACCGAUAUUCGACUGGACGAUGGGAACCCAACGUUGGUAGCUUUCGUGAGACAUUGUGGAUGUCCGUUCGCAGAGAAGGAGAUCAACCUUCUAUCGAAAGAAGUGACGAAGAAUGAUCAGUUGAGGGUGAUCAUCGUUCAGCAUGCGGAAAUAGAUCAGGUGAAAAGUUGGUUUGACGAGAUAGGUGGUCCAAGGUUAUUUCCAGAUUCCACUCGAUAUAUCCUCUUACCCGAUCCCAAAAGGGAGAUAUACGCUCAGUGGGGUAUAGGUCAACUAGGCUGGAUGGGGAUGCUCAAUUCCACUGUUCUAGACAAUCUCAAACAGCUGAAGCAAAGUGAUGGUAUCGAUUUGAGAACCACGGGCAAAGGGUCUUAUAGAUGGCAGAACUCUGGUGGAUUCGCUGUAGAUGGAAAAGGAGUGAUUAAAUGGAGGAAGGUAGCAGAGGAUAGUAGUGAUAUUUGUGAUUAUUCUAAUGCUUCCAGCACAAUAUUGUAA